GACGAACAGAAAACCUGGGAGGAAGCUCAACAGAACUGCAGAGGAAAGAAAUCCGACUUGGCUGUAAUAGUUAAUGUAGAUGAAAAGAAAUUCAUCAAUGAUAAAAGUUGGAAAACUUCAAGUUUCACUGGCUACUGGAUUGGACUGAGAGCUGAAGCAGGGAAAUGGAAGUGGAUCGAUGGAAGUGAUCUGGCUGAAAAAUCCUGGAUGACACAACCUGCUAACAACGGCGUCUGUGCAAUUUCUGUUCCAAACCCAAGAUGGAGAUCAGCGAGCUGUGGAAACAAAAACGGUUGGAUCUGCAAAAAGGCGGCUUUAUCUGUUGAAACAGUGAGAAACCACACAUGAGAAGGUUAC